CAAUAUCGAAGAUUUUACUUUCUCUAUCUUAGUAUUAGACAAAAAGUUGAGUUCUAUGGGGUUCCCUGUCGAUUAUGACGAUAUCAAGAAACAUGUGCGCCGUUUGAUCGGUUUCCUAAUAUUUAAAAUAGUUCUGCAGCAAAUUGCUUUUUGCACUCAAGGUUUUUCUUGGGACACUACAGAUUAUUUCGACUAUAUCGUUCACAACAUUCCACUCAUCAUUAUUCACGCUCUUCUAAUCCAGUGGAUCAUCUACCUCGCGAUUCUUCAUCUUCAUUUUAAAAAACUCAACACAAUUUUAAAGACAUUUUUGUAUGGUGAAUGUUGGAUGGUGGAGGAUUUUCGCCGUAAGAAAACCAAUCGAAAACACGAAUUUAUUCGUUCCUGUGGGACAAUUUACGACACGUUGUGUACGCAAAGCCGGGAAAUUAAUAGCGCCUUCGCUUCACAGAUCCUGUUCUUGAUUCCCACCGUAUUCAUCUUGAUUAUUUUCAAUUCGUUUCAAACUUGUCGCAUAAUCAAAAAAUUGAUUGGUUUCGACUGCGUAUGGGUUGUCUUUGAUAUUCUCUAUUUUGUGAUUUUCUUAGAACUCGUUGUUCCAUGUGUCGUAGUUCGAGAAGAAUCCGAGAAGUUCGCAGAUACUUUGCACAAAAUUAACGACAACGCAAUCGACGAUGCGGUAAAUAAGUCCACUGCCAAUGGGAAAAAACCGAUGCUAUUGUUACCUUUACAGAUUAAUCUAUUGAUUCUACAAAGUUAUCACCAGAAAAUCGAAUUUUCUGCUUGUGGUGUCUUCCCACUUGACGGCACGUUGAUUUAUACGAUUCUUGGAGCUCUGACAACUUACCUUGUCAUUUUAUUACAAUUUGAUUUGUAA